AUGUCUGGUCAAGAGUUUGAGGAAGAAGCCAACACGUCAUGGAGCAACAAUGGAGAUAGUGACCAUAGUUCUCCAGGCAACGUAGUAUCUGAAAGUAACCAGCCUUCUCCAGUGUCCACACCUUCCUCCAGUAGAUCAGUGGAACUAAAUGGAUUUGGUUCUCUUCGGGACCAGUAUUUGGGCACUCCUGCUCCAACGCACUAUCAAUACCUACCUCACCUAUUUAGCUGCUCUACUCAUUCUGCUAUAAUACCAUCUCAAACCAGAAGUCUGGACCCUCAGUCGCACACCCUCGUCAAUCAGCUACUGGCUGCAGAAGACAUGGAACCACUUAAUACCCCUAUGCUGAUUGAAGAUGGGUACAAGGUAACACAGUCUGAGCUAUUUGCUCUUCUGUGUCGGCUUGCAGACGAGCUCCUGUUCCGCCAGAUUGCAUGGGUGAAGAAGCUGCCAUUUUUUUGUGACCUUACUAUUAAAGAUUACACAUGCCUCUUGAGUACAACGUGGCAAGAGUUAAUACUUCUGUCUUCGCUGAUCACUUACAACAAGCAGGUCUUCGGGGAUCUAGCUGACGUCACCUCUAAAUACUCACCUUCAGAAGCAGAGCUUCAUAGAUUUAGCGAGGAGGGCAUGGAAGUGAUGGAAAGGCUUAUUUACUUGUAUCGAAAAUUCAGCCAGCUGAAGGUUAGCAAUGAAGAAUAUGUCUGCAUGAAAGCCAUCAACUUCCUGAAUCAAGAUAUUCAAGGUCUCAGCAGCGUUUCCCAACUGGAGCAGCUGAACAAGAGGUACUGGUACGUGUGCCAGGACUUCACAGAGUAUAGGUAUCCACACCAACCCAACAGAUUUCCAGAUCUAAUGAUGUGUUUGCCUGAGGUCCGCUACAUUGCGGGGAAGCUGGUGAAUGUACCCCUGGAGCAACUACCUCUGCUUUUUAAAGCAUUUCUUCACUCAUGCAAAACAAAUGUCAGCAAGGAGUAA